AAGAAGCUAUUGGUGACAAGUAUGUGCGUUGGUAGUGGUAUGGGAGCUGCCGGUUUGUUUGUGAACGAGGCGAGACAUGGGGCCAACUUGUAGUAAUCAUAUUUGUAGCGUGACAGAGAUACACCUAGGCAAAAAAUAACUGCAUUAGUCUCAGCGACAAUGGGCGCUUACUAACUAUAAUUGAUUUGUUCUCCCUUCACCACCAUGAUCGAAACUAUCUACAUUGCCAGACACGGAUUUAGACUGAACUGGGUGACCACAAACUGCCCGACCGGCCUACCUAAAGAUGCUCCUUUGACUGCAUUCGGUGUGGCUCAAGCUCGGGAGCUUGCUAAUUACUUCAGUUCAUUAGAUGAAGAUCAACGACCGACAUUGAUAUUUUCAUCUCCCUACUAUCGCUGUCUUCAGACUUCUCAACCCAGCGCUCAGGCGUUAGGAUUACCGAUCUACGUAGAGCAUGGAAUAUCUGAGUGGUAUUCCCCUGUUGUACCAAACACAGGAUUACACCCUCGUCCAGCCUCUGCCUCUGCUCUCAAAGCAUAUAUCUCAGAAAUAGACUCGGAUGCAUGGUCCUCAAUCUACUACCCUACCAGAAAAGGCGAAGACGUGGACCAAAUCCAUGAAAGAGCCCAUUCAGUCUUAUCUGACCUCAUCUCCGAAGUUGAGUCGCGUUUCCCAAAUCACAGACGCGUGUUACUUGUAAGCCACGCUGCAACAGUGAUUGCGUUAGCAAGAGAUCUAGCAGGCGAUAGGGAGCUGCCGUUGAGGGUAGGAUGCUGUACGCUCAGUGAGUUUUCCAGGAAGGUUGGAGGAGCCGGUAGUGGUUCAUGGGAGGUCAAGAAACUUGCGGAAGCCGGAUUUCUGACGGGUGGUGUUCAAAGAGAUUGGGGACUUGAAGAUAUACAGAUUGCGGAUGGAAAGGUUAUCGAAGACCCUGGAAUUCCUGGAUCAGAGUUAGAAGUCGAUGAACCUGUUGGAUCCAUGUUACGAGCUACCUCGAGCGUCGCGAGCAAUCUUUAGAGAACGGUAGAAAUGGUCUACUUCAGAUCUAAAUAGCGCAUAGAAAAUAUACAUAGUACUUAGAUUGCAUUUGAUACAAUGUCGGAAAUCCCUGG